AUGUUCCCACUCAAACUGAUUGUUUUUGCUGCCUUGGUUUCCAUUGGUGCUGCAGGACCAUGGGGAAUGAUAUGUGCUGGAAAUCCUUCAAACAAAAUAAGGGGCUGUGACAGAUUUGGCUGUGGACAUUACGGAACUUCAAUAAUUGGCAGAAGGCACCUAGGGGUGGACGUAAUAUGCAAAGACGGAUCAACAGUGUAUGCUCCUUUUAGUGGCACUAUUGAGAGACGAGUAAACCCCAAUAGAAGGAAUAAUGCCAUUAAUAAUGGCAUCCAACUUCGUGGAUCAGGUUUCUGCAUACAUAUGUUCUACAUCAGCCCGGUUACAUACAGAGGUCGGAUCAAGAAGGGGCAAAAAAUUGGAGUAAUGCUGCCAAUGCAAAGCAUAUAUCCUGGUAUAACAUCUCAUGUUCACGUCCAGAACUGUGACCGCUCAAAUCCCACUCGCAAUUUGUGCAAAAUGCUCACACUCAAACUGAUUGUUUUUGCUGGUUUGGUUUCCAUUGUUGCUGCAGGACAAUGGGCACAAAUCUGUGAUGGGAAUCCUUUGAACAGCAUAAGGGGCUGUGAUAAGUAUGGCUGUGGAUAUUAUGGAGCCCCAAGAAAUGGCGGAAAGCACCUAGCAGUGGACGUUAUAUGCCAUGACGGAUCAGGAGUGUAUGCUCCUUUUAGUGGCCUGAUUGUGAGACGCAUUAAGCCCUUUGGAAAUAAUAAUGCCAUUGAUGAUGGAAUCUUACUCCGUGAAGUAAAAUCAGGUUCUUGCAUAAAAAUGGCCUUUAUCAGGCCUUUGAGAAGCAGAGGCUGGAUCAGGAAGGGAUCUAAAAUUGGAGUAAUGAUGCCAAUGCAGAGUGUGUAUCCUGAUAUGAUAUCUCAUGUUCGCAUCCAGAACUGUGACUACUCAAACCCUACUGGCAACUUAUAA